AUGGCGGCUACCACGACUUCCCCCCUGCAUCUCACCUCCGGGACCAUCAAGUGCGCCCUCGAAGUCGACUCGACGCAGCUGGCCUCCCUGAUCGGCCAUCGCGAUGCCUUCCAGGCCAGUCUGCCCAGUGACGACACGCCGCCCUCAUCACCAGGCGAGCUGGCAUUACGCUUCGUUGCGUAUUUGGAGUCGUCCUCAGUACCUCCCUCGGUUCUCACUGCCGCCUUGAGCGCCUUCGAAGACCAAUUCCUCUCCACCACCGACAUCCACACCCUCGCCCUCUCAUCACCAAGCGGCGUGCAGGCAGGGCGCGACCUGCUGCGCAGCUACUACGACGCUCUCUCCCGCUGCUCCAAGCAACCCACCCAAACUCCCAGCGCGCUCGUUUCCGCCGCCGCCACCGGCUCCAAGCAACUGCACCUCAUCUUCGGCGGCCAAGGCGCCGCGAACCCCGCCUGCUUCACCGAGCUGCGCAGCCUCAUCUCGACCUACUCCCCCCUCCUCACCCCGCUCCUCACCGUCGCCUCUGCGGAACUCUCCACCCUCUCCCGCGACCCCUCGACGCACGGCUUCUACGCGGGCCGCGAAAUCGACCUCGCCACCUGGCUCGCCGACGAGUCCGCCGUCCCGGACUCCUCCUUCCUCGCCAGCGCGGCCGUCAGCUUCCCGCUCAUCGGCCUCGUCGGGCUGGCGCACUACGCCGUCACCUGCCGAACGCUCGGCAAGACCCCCGGCGAGCUGCGCAGCCUCCUGCGCGGCGGCGUAACGGGCCACUCACAGGGCUUGGUCGUCGCCGCGGCCGUCGCGCAGUGCGGGACGUGGGACGAGUUCUUCGCGGCGGCGCGCGACGCGGUGCGGCUGCUGUUCUGGCUCGGCUUCGAGAGCCACGCGGCGGCGCCGCGGUCGGCGCUGGCGGCAGCGGAUGUGCAGGACUGCGUGGAUGCCGGCGAGGGCAGGCCGGGCAUGAUGCUGAGCGUGCGCGGGCUGAGGCGGAAGGAGGUGGAGGAGCUGGUGGCAAGGUGCAAUAGGGACUUGCCCGGGGAUGGGCAGGUGUACGUCGCGCUGCGGAAUACGACGGAGAAUUUUACGCUGUCGGGCCCGGCGCGGUCGCUGAGAGGCGUGUGUUUGCACGUCAGGACGAUCGCGGCGGAGGAGGGCGUCGACCAGGCGCGCGUGCCGUUCCGGAAGCGCAAGAAGGUUGUCAGAGCGUCCUUUCUACCCAUCAGCGCGCCGUUUCACAGCCCGUACUUGGCCGACGCCGCGGCCAAGGUUAAAGAAAGGAUGAAGGCGGCUGGCUGCGGCCUUUCGACGGCCAGCAUGGCGCUGCCGGUGCACCACAGCAAGGACGGCCGCGACCUGCGAACAGUGACGGACCGCUCCGCCACCGACACGCUCAUCGACGCCAUCGCCCUGGAGCCCGUCGACUGGCCAGCGGCGCUGCAACUGCCCGGCGCCACGCACGUCGUCAUGCUGGCCAGCGGGCGGCUCGGCGACGUCGUGGACAUGGUCAAGCAGGGGCAGGGCGUCAUCGUCGUCAACGCCGCCACGCUCGCCGCGCCGGACGCCACCCAAACAACCAAAGUCGACCUCUUCGCCGCGCAGCUGCCGGCGCACAAGCUGCACGCCACAUCGUGGAGCGAGCAGUUCCGGCCGCGGCUGGUCCGCGACGCGACGACGGGCGCCGUCCAGCUCGACACGCGCCUCAGCCGCGUCCUCGGCGCGCCGCCCGUCUUCACGGCGGGCAUGACGCCAACAACAGUGCACUGGGACUUCGUCGCGGCCGUCAUGAACGCGGGCUACCACAUCGAAAUGGCAGGCGGCGGCUACUUCGAGCCGUCCAGCAUGGCCUCUGCCAUCGAGCAGGCCGCCGCCUCCGUCCCCGGCGGGCGCGGCAUCACCGUCAACCUGAUCUACGCCUCGCCCGAAGCCAUGCGCUGGCAGAUCACGCUCCUCGCCGACCUGCAGCGCCGCGGCGUCCCCGUCGACGGUCUGACUAUCGGCGCUGGCGUGCCGUCGCCCGACAUCGCGUCCGGCUACAUCACGACCCUCGGCCUCAAGCACGUCGGCUUCAAGCCGGGCUCGGCCGCCGCGAUCAGAGACGUGCUCGCCAUCGCCGACGCGCACCCGCGGUUUCCCGUCGUGCUGCAGUGGACCGGCGGCCGCGGCGGCGGGCACCACUCGUACGAGGACUUCCACGAACCAAUCUUAGACCUGUACGCUGAGAUCCGCAAGCGCAGCAACGUCGUGCUGGUCGCGGGCAGCGGCUUCGGCGACGCGGAGGGCGCAUUCCCGUAUCUCAGCGGCGAGUGGGCGCGGCAAGCGCCGUACGAGAGGCAGGCCGCGAUGCCGUUCGACGGCGUGCUGCUCGGCAGCCGCAUGAUGGUGGCGCGCGAGGCGCACACGUCGCCGCAGAGCCGCGAGUUGAUCGUGGCUGCGCCUGGCCUGAAAGACGAGGCGGAGUGGGACAGGACGUACGAGAAGCCCGCGGGCGGCGUGCUGACGGUGCAGUCGGAGAUGGGGCAGCCCAUUCACAAGCUGGCCACGCGCGGCGUCAAGCUGUGGGCCGAGCUGGAUAAGACCGUGUUCAGUCUCCCCCGUGCGCAGCGCGCGGCGGCGCUCGCGAGGAUGCGGGAUACGCUGAUCCCGCGCUUGAAUGCGGAUUUCGCGAAGCCGUGGUUCGCGGUGGAUGAGGCGGGCAGCGGACCGGCGGCCGAGGUCGCGGAUAUGACGUACGCAAGAGUGUUGGCGAGGUUGGUCGAGUUGACCGUGCGCGGGACAGGCUGA